CGGGGUAGAUUCCGGCUUGCUUGCAGCCGGAGCGCUUCCUGCUGCUUGUCGCUGCUCUCAGAGUGGAACCAGCACGAAACCAGCGCUCCCAGUGAAGCCAGUCCGCCCAGCAGAAAGGGAGCAGGCCGCAGGUUCCGCGUGAACUCACCGGGACACACGGACGGACCGACGGACGGACGGCGGGAAAAUGGCGAAGACGUACGACUACCUGUUCAAGCUGCUGCUCAUCGGGGACAGCGGCGUCGGCAAGACCUGCCUGCUGUUCCGGUUCAGCGAGGACGCCUUCAACACCACCUUCAUCUCCACCAUCGGAAUCGACUUCAAAAUCCGAACGAUCGAGUUGGAUGGAAAGAAAAUCAAACUGCAGAUCUGGGACACAGCAGGUCAGGAGAGGUUCAGGACCAUCACAACGGCCUAUUAUAGAGGAGCCAUGGGCAUCAUGCUGGUGUAUGACAUCACCAACGAGAAGUCCUUCGACAACAUCAAGAACUGGAUUCGCAAUAUCGAGGAGCACGCCUCUGCGGACGUGGAGAAAAUGGUUCUGGGAAACAAGUGCGACAUGAACGACAAGAGACAAGUGUCCAAGGAGAGAGGAGAGAAGCUCGCCAUCGACUACGGGAUCAAGUUCCUGGAAACAAGCGCCAAGUCCAAUAUCAACGUGGAGGAGGGCUUCUACACGCUCGCCCGAGACAUCAUGGCCAGGCUCAACAGGAAAAUGAACGACAACAACCCGUCAGGUGGAGGUGGGCCCAUCAAGAUCACGGAGCCCCGCUCCAAGAAGAGCCUGUUCAGGUGUUCGCUGCUGUAGGCGGAGCCUCAGCUCAGACCUCCUCCUCCUGCAGCAGGAGCUGAGGAACAACCUGUGGACAGUUUAGAAGCCUGCUGUGACUCCUCCUCCUUUUCUUCUUCUUCUUCUGUUUUCUUGUUGUCUGCUGUCAGCUCAGCAGUUGGAGGCUGAGCCAACGCAGCAUCUCAGUGUUUGUUGCAGCGAGAACACGGAGGCGACGAUGAUGAUGAUGAUGGCGAUGAAGGACAAGGCCGAUGACUGUUUGUACCAAAGUGGGUAGAGCUGUGGCUCCGCCCUCUCCUCUGAUUUUACGCAUUGAGGAUGAAGCAUUUAAGGAUCAGACAUGUAGCAGACUCUUGCAGAGGCUUCAGUCCGACUCUUACAGCAACUGACCAAUCACAGACCAGCGGCCUGGACUACGAAGCAGGUAACCAAGGAUACGAGGUGCGAUUAAAGAGUUCAGCCAGGCGGUAACAUUCAGUCCUGAGUCAGUGGGAGUCUAAGAGGUCAGGCGUGGACAUCAGCAGCUCCACAAUCACCCGCGAUGACGGCUGGAUCUCGCUCGGGUCUCUGUUCUGUCGGCAUCUACAAAUCCAUCCGUCAGGCUCUCGCUUCCUGCCUCCCUCACUCAUGAACACACUUCUCCGAUGGAGCAGCAACUCAUUCCCAAAGAGUCUUCGACCAAAUUCAAAUCAGAAUCAAUGUUUUCCAUUUUUUAAUUUUUAUUUUUUUUUUAAUAAACACCGUAACUGAACUUUCCGAUCGCACCUCGUAUGUCUCAUCUUGAUCUAAUAGUGAAAAGUGGGAACACGGUGGUUGUGAAGCCAAACCAGGUUUUCUGAAUCUCUGUGCACAGGUUUACAGCCUCGCGCACCGCCGUCACAAACCCCAAAACCUGGUUAAACCUGAGGUCUCUAAGCCCAGGUCCUGCUUCGUGGUUCAGGCCUGUGCCAGAUCGCUUCAGCUAAUCUCCUGCACGCCGCCUAAAAAUGAGCUGAACUACAGGAACUUACCUGAUGUUGGUUAUCAGAGGCAAACUGUGCAGGACCUUUGAAAAUGUCCUGAAAUGUGCAGCUUUGUAUUUUAGGAAACUUUGCAGGAAAUCAGCUGAAAAAAUUUAAAUAAAUAUAUAUAAAAAAUAUAAAUAUAUAUAAAAAUGUAUAAAAUCAUUUUCAUUUCAAUCUUGAAUUUCCAACUCAAACAUAGGAAGUAAAAGCCCAGUAAGAUCGGCGGGCUUCGAACAGACAAGUGGAAAUCAUAAAAAUAUUAUCGUUUUAAAUUUUGUGUUCACUAAAAUGUCUUAACCUUCAUGUGACCUCCAGCCUUCAUUUCCUUUCAGAGUUUAUUUUAACUAAACAGAACUAAUAGUUUUAUAUUUUAUCUUUUUUUUUAAUGCAUCGUUAGUUAAUUCUGUUCCUUUAAAACGUCUCUGUGAUAAAUAUGUAUGAAAGCAGAGAAAGUCCCUGCGAAGCAGCUUUUUCUUCUCUGUUCAAAGACGCGAAGAAGCUUCUGUUUUUACUUUUGAUGCUUUUCUGUGUUUUUGUAUUUAGUCGUUUAAUAGCACACGUGCUGCUUUUAUUUUGUGCGUUUUCAAAGGAACUGUACAACCUGCGCUUUUAUUUUGAAGUGUUUUAUUUUCAUGUGCAGCUGCUGGUGUUAGAUUUCCUCUUUCUGACUCCCGAUCGGUUCAUUGGCUGAAACUAUAUAUUUAUUAUCGUAAAAGAUGUGAUUGACAACAACGAUUGAUUAAAUUCGAUGAGCACGGCGUGGAAACGUAAAGUCAAACUUUUAGUUUCCGCGGAAGGAGCUUGAGCUCUUAAACCUUUGCAGCCGAUAUUCUGCGAUAACUUUGACCGUCACGACUAUCCCAAAACACCCCAAACAACGGCGGGAAGCAAGAUGGAAACACGGGAUAUAAACUGAAGCUACUUUCAGCUUUUUGGAAAGUCCUCGAAUUCAUAUAAUCCCUCCUGACUGUUUCCGUGAAGGCAGAGUGAAAACGGAGAGAUUUUGUGACGUCUGUCCCGAGCUCGCCAAAAACGAGUGAGGCGCGUUGCCGUUGGUCGUUUUUGUCUGGCUUUAGAUGGGUUUCUAGUUUUACAAAUAUCGUGAAGUAUAUCAGAAGCAGUGUGUUUUUUAUAUAUUCAAGUACUUCAUAAAGACCCUACAAUAACAGAAAGCGCCCGUGUGCAAGUGGUGACAGUGGGAAGGAAAAACAUCUUUUUAACAGGAAGUACCCUCCAGCAGAACCAGGCUCAGAAAAGACAGCCACCGGUGCCGGUUUAAGUGAUUAAAUAUCACAUUUUUGUCUGAAAUUCGUCUGUACUCGUUUUUACUGGAGCCUGGUGAGAUGCAAGGUGGUAUCAGCAAACUUGGCUUACCCCCCUGAGCACUUCCUGCUCAGCUCAAAGCCUGCAGCAUCUGUUCCUCCAGUUCCUUCGGAGGAAAAAUACUUUCAGUGAUUUAGCUUCUGGAAAAUUCCUAAAAAUUGAAUUUGGGCUUGAUCCCGAGUUCAGCGGGAACAGACGCUCAGCAGCUGCAGAUGAAGCCCGUGUGCACGUUUGUUUACAGCAGCAGUGCUUUUAUUUUACUCCGCUCGGCUUCCUGUCACAGCCACAGACUGUAAAUAAAGAUGGAUGACAUGCCGCCUCUUCCUCAGAGUAUCCGCCAUUCUGGUUUAAUGCGGAAUAAUUCUGACCUCAAUCAGAGAAGCUGCCAAUCACGGCCACAGACAUCAGUUUAAAGCACGCAAUCAAAAAACAGUAAGAAUGUACUUGGAGGGGGCGGGGUUUGUGACCUGUGUACCACGUUUCCUCACUUCCUGUCAUCCAGCUUUAUGUCCAGUCCGAACGUCUUAAAGAUUAAUGAAGAGCUGAAGGAGGCGUGCUCGACGUGUUUUUGUACUUUUCAGCACUUUGUAAUUCGCUAUGCAAAAACCACUUUUUCCUUUUAUCAGGAGUUUGUGUUACUGUGCUCUGAUUGGUCACACAGGUCGUCAGACGCAUCGAUGUGUUUGUCAGAGGUCAUACUUUUACUAGGAAACUAGUUUAUUUUAAAUGUGACUUUCAGAUUAAAAGCCUUGUCACUUCAGCACAUGGAAAGACGGGUGUUUAAUAAAGUUUUAUAUUUGGGACUUUGGUGUCGGCUGGGAUUGAAAGUUACUGAUGAGGGUGAAACAGAUGAAGGCUCUGAGGAGGAGCUGGAUGUUUUCUUUUUUUAAUCUGAAUCAAAGAAAAGGGCUGCAGACCAGAGGCUCUUAAUGUGAAAUUCACAAGACUGAUUCAGUAGGUUUCGGUGACCUCUGACCCCAUCAGUGUCUUCCGUUUGCUUUGAGAUGGUUGGAGUGUCGCUGCUUCAGCUGAUGAACAAUAAACAACUUUUUCUACCA